CUCGAGGAAUGCGGUCGCCCCCUUGGGAAAGUACAUAUCUGGGAGCAGCAGGCGGCUCCGCGCUCGCACUCCGGCUCGGCCGCCCCACCGCGCACUCGCCUCGCCGCUCCCGCCGCAGCCCCAGGGCCCCUCGCCACCGCCACCAUGGACGCCAUCAAGAAAAAGAUGCAGAUGCUCAAGCUCGACAAGGAGAACGCCUUGGAUCGAGCCGAGCAAGCCGAAGCCGAUAAGAAGGCGGCGGAGGACAGGAGCAAGCAGCUCGAGGAGGACAUCGCGGCGAAGGAGAAGCUGCUGCGGGCGUCGGAGGACGAGCGGGACCGGGUGCUGGAGGAGCUGCACAAGGCGGAGGACAGCCUCCUGGCCGCGGAUGAGGCCGCCGCCAAGGCUGAAGCCGAUGUAGCUUCUCUGAACAGACGCAUCCAGCUGGUUGAGGAAGAGUUGGAUCGUGCCCAAGAGCGACUGGCAACAGCUUUGCAGAAGCUGGAGGAGGCUGAGAAGGCAGCGGACGAGAGCGAGAGAGGCAUGAAAGUCAUUGAAAGUCGAGCCCAAAAAGAUGAGGAAAAAAUGGAAAUUCAGGAGAUCCAACUGAAAGAGGCCAAGCACAUCGCUGAAGAUGCCGACCGCAAGUAUGAAGAGGUGGCCCGUAAGCUGGUCAUCAUUGAGAGUGACCUGGAACGCGCGGAGGAGCGGGCCGAACUCUCGGAAAGCAAAUGUGCCGAGCUUGAAGAAGAAUUGAAAACUGUGACGAACAACCUGAAGUCACUGGAGGCUCAGGCUGAGAAGUACUCGCAAAAGGAAGACAAAUAUGAGGAAGAGAUCAAGGUCCUUUCCGACAAGCUGAAGGAGGCCGAGACUCGGGCUGAGUUUGCAGAGAGGUCAGUAACUAAAUUGGAGAAAAGCAUUGAUGACUUAGAAGACGAGCUGUACGCUCAGAAACUGAAGUACAAAGCCAUCAGCGAGGAGCUGGACCACGCUCUCAACGAUAUGACUUCCAUGUAAAUGUUCAUCCACCCUGCCUGCUCACAUCCGUGCCCUCAUGCUAAUACGAUAAACUCACCGCUGCUCCCUUCUCUACUUCCAGAAGCUCUGUCUUCAUGCCUUUCUGUUUACUCUCUGCAUCACCUAGGAUAGUUGGGUUUUGCUUACAUUCUACUAAUAGAAAAGCCAAGCAGAUUCAGUCUGUCUGUACAAAUCAUUUUCCUUUCAGAAUCUGUUUCUUUCACAAUCUCUGAGCUAGAUGGUUCCCACCAAGCAGUGAACUAAAAUAGGAGGGACUCAAGGGCUGCCAUUUUAGGAAAUUAAACUAGGCUCAAGUAAAAUUAGAAGGCCAAACGUAUAAUUGUGAGGAACCUCCCAGAGAUAUCAAAAAGGAACCCAAAAGUGUCCGGUUACUGAUGAACUGAGAGGAAAUUGAUCUGGUACAGCCUAAGGAAUGGUGCUGUGAGAGAUCAUCUCUUCCUCAAUUUUAAGGAUUCUGGAGAGAAAUGGUUCAUCUGCUGAAUACCAGAGCCUUUAAUUUUCCAUGUUUAGAUAAAAGGAAUUGAAGUAUUCACAAUGAGCACCACAGCUGGUGUCAAAGAAUUGGGAAAUAAAACCCUGAUUGCCUGGUAUGAGUUGGGAGUUCAUGACCCAACUUAACUGUGUGAGGCAGUGAGAGUUGAAGUAGAUCCCGUGUUCUCAUGAGAACUCUGAGCACACACAACUAAUCCGCAUAUUGCUAACCAAACCCAAGCAUCAUACUUCUGCCUCUUUAAACUCUAACCUGGAGCUUUCCAUAGAAGGUUCCCUUCAUUCUAAUAAUAUGGCACUGAAUUCCAUCUAACCUGGAAAUUUCCAGACCCACCCAUGCAGGAAAAUGGUCGCCUGAAGGGUAUGGCCCAUGCCUGCCACCUCACAGGUUUUAGAACCUCCACAUCACCAUGAGGGAGAUUAACUGUCCCUGUGGAAAGUAGAGAGAAUUCCAUCCUCCCUUCCCUCAUUUAUAAAUGUGGGAGUGAGUCAGAACCUCUGUCUAUAAGGUCUCUUCCAAUGCUAAAAUGUGAUUCUAGAGGGGAAUCACGGCAUAUGAUUAACUAUUUUGAAAGGUGGGUUAGCUUAAAGCCUUAAACUCUGUUCUUGGGCCUUCUCGGCACCAGCCCCUGAAGCGGAGGGGCGCGUGCUGGCCUUGGGUCCCGACGCUGGUGGGUGAGGAUGGACAUCCCUCCUGCAGGUGCGGCUGGCAGCGGGUUUGCAUGUCUGCUUCUGGCGUGUGUGUCAAGUGCUGCUUGCCUCUGUUAGUUUGGU